GAAGAACUUGGGGAGCUUUCACAGCACGAUCAAGUGUCUGAAGUGGUCCCCUUCUGUGUGACGGUGCCGCCAUGUUGGGCAAGAGGGACAGAGCCAUAGCCCGAGCCGUGGGCGGAAUGACGGUGUCUUGGCUGUGCCCUAUUCUGCCACACCACAGUGCCCUUUGACUCAACACAAAUCUCGACACAAGUAUCAUUCUACGCUUACUCUCGCGCGCUGCUUGAACAUAUCCUGAAUAAUCUCAAACACCAAGGAGCGUGCCCGUACGAUACAUCAGUUUCCCCUCAAAGUGGCGCAUAUACCGGCAUACCGACCGAUACUGUACUAGUACUUUGCAUCUUCGGACAUCGGCUAAUCUUACUGAGAGCAGUGCCCAACUGUUUCACCCGAUAUUCUUUGCUCGAGUUCACCGGUACAUCCGUCCCCGCGCCCCGCACCCUCCACCCCUCUAUUCCCGACAUUUUACACCUCACACACCACUACAGCGGUUCACAAUGUCUAACGAAGAACAGCUUCUCAGGAGGCCGUUAUACGGUACAUAAUCCCCAUCACCCUCCACAUCGCCUCCGAACUAAUACUUACCCAUCAAGUGUUCGAUCUCCCUAGUAACCUCAUCUCGAAUCUGGCCUUAAAAACCGGCCGCGAAACACCCUCACCUCCGGAAGCCGUCGAGACCCCCGUUUCCACCCCCAAUCAUGAUGGAGAGGCUACCGCAACAUCAUGCGGACUUUGCGGGGUUAAUAGCACCACGGUAGAAGAACAGAAAGCACACGUGCGAUCUGAUCUUCACAGGUUCAACCUCAAACGCAGGAUAGCAGGACAAGCCGCGGUGCCGGAAGCCGAGUUUGAGAAGAUGCUGGAAGGUGAGCAAUCUCACCACCCACCCUUUGAGGACGUGUUCGCUAAUGUUUGUCCAACAAGAUAUGAACGAAAGUAUUUCCGGCUCCGAAAAUGAUAGCGAAUCCUCCGGGGACGACAACGAUCCCCUCUCAACGCUUUUCCGACGGAAGGCUCGCAUCGCGAGUGAGGCCACCGGGUCACCCCACCAGACAUCCAAGACGGGGCCCGGAAAAGCACCGAUAAUUUGGUACUCUUCCCCACUUUUACCACAUACCGUUUCUCUGGGAGUCUACCGGGCGCUGUUCCCGCAUGUCGAGCGGGAUGGGGCGGACUACAUUUCAGGACUACAGUCUAGCCAACUCAAGGCAAACCCCGAGGAGAAUCCGGCUCAUAUAUUCAUGUGCAUGAUUGGUGGCGGUCAUUUUGCCGCAAUGGUCGUCUCCCUUGCCCCCAGAAAUUUGAAGAGGCAGGGUACAAUGGAGCGUGAGGUUACAGUACUGGCGCACAAGACGUUCCAUCGAUACACGACUAGACGAAAGCAGGGAGGGGCGCAGUCCUCGAACGAUUCAGCAAAAGGAAAUGCUCAGUCUGCCGGUGCCCAGAUCAGAAGAUACAACGAAGCCAUGUUAAUGACCGAAGUCCGGGAUUUGCUGGCAAGCUGGCGGGGAUUCAUAGACACCGCUAAACUCAUAUUUAUCAGAGCCACUGGGUCAGUAAAUAGACGGACAUUAUUUGGCUACGAGGAUGCGCCAUUACGAAGCCAUGAUCCAAGAAUCCGCGGGUUCCCCUUCACAACAAGGAGAGCAACCCAAAGUGAGCUCCUCCGCUGCUUCACUGAGCUCACCCGCGUGAAGAUCUCCCGGAUCGACGAAGCAACACUGGCAGCGCUUGCGGAAGAGUCCAAAAAGGCAGCAGAGCCCCCCACCGUCAAGCCUGCCAAACCUGAGGCGCCAAAACUCAGCAAGGAAGAAGAAGCCCAGAUCCUCCACUCAACACAGUUAGCGGCCCUCGUCCGCCGAUCCAAAGCUGCAGCGCUCCUCUCCUAUCUGACCACAAACAAACUAUCUCCAGACUUCCAAUUUCACCCCCCAAACCACCACUCCCCAACUCUCCUUCACUUGGCAGCAUCAUCAAACUCCCCGGCCGUCGUAUCAGCACUAUUAACGAAAGCCGGUUCAGACCCUACAUGCACCAACCCCCAGCAGCCAAAAACCCCCUUCGAACUAGCCGGCGACCGAGCAACCCGCGACGCGUUUAGGGUCGCGAGGGCCGAGCUGGGCGAGUCGAAAUGGGACUGGGAGGGGGCCAGGGUCCCAACAGCACUCACAAAGGGGCAAGCCGAAGAACGUGAGAAUCGGGAAAGGGCAGACAACGAGAAGGAAGAGAAAGCUAGGAGACGGAAGGAGCUCGAGAAAUUGAAACAGCAAGAGGUCAAGAGCCCGGAAAGGGUCGGGGCGAGGUCACUGGCCAGUUCUGUGGUUAUGGGACUCAGCCGGAGAGAGGAGGAGGAGAAGGGAUUAACCCCGGAGGCGAAGGUAAGACUGGAGAGGGAGCGCAGGGCUAGGGCGGCUGAGGAGAGGAUUCGGAAGCUGCAGGGGAAGUAGUAGUAGAAGUGGUGUUUGUUUUUGUUUCGCCGUUUUGUCCGGCUUUGCCCUUCCGUACUCAUACGAUGUCUCUAGCAUACUCUACCCGCGUAUGACCAAAAUAUUAAGCGCCCCAUCGGUCAAUUUAUUAGGAUUGCGUAGGAG